UGGAUGAAUACAACUAAAUGCGUGCAUUUUUAAGUAAGAUCAAAAUUUUUAGAGUAUAAUAAGUCUCUUAUUCUUUUUAAUAAAAUUGUUCUUCUAAAGUUAACCAAUAAUAAAUAUAAUACUUUUUACCAUUGAUGCGACUUCUCGAACAGGUGCGAUAGAAAAUGGAUGGUUGGAUUAAAAUGCAUGAGAAUGUUUUAUAAUUUCAACGUUAUUUUUAAUACUGUGAUUACCAGCGGAAUUAUUCAUUACUUAUUGUGUUAAGCAAUGUCAGCUAAUAUUUAUCUGAGAGCCAGAUGCAGUCAUCAAAAGAGCCACAUCUGGCUCUAGAGCCAUAGGUUCCUUACCCCUGGGCUAGGGUAUACAAAAUGAGUUUUAAGAUGGGACUUAAAUGCUUCUACUAAAAGGGGGUUCUAUUUAAAGGCUAGAGUAUACAAAUGAGUUUUAAGGUAGGACUUAAAUGCUUCUACUGAGGUAGCAUCUCUAACUGUUACCGGGAGGGCAUUCCAGAGUACUGGAGCCCCAAUAGAAAAUGCUCGAUACCCUGCAAAUUUUGUUUGGGCUCUGGGAAUCACUAAUAAGCGGGAGUUCUUUGAAUGCAGAUUUCUGUCCGGGACAUAUGGUACAAUACAAUCAGCAAGAUAGGAUGGAGCUAGACCGUGCAGUAUUUUAUACGCAAGUAGUUAAACCUUAAAGUCACAUCUUAAGUGCACAGGAAGCCAGUGCAGGUGAGCCAGUAUAGGUUUACAUGUAGAUAUAUAUGUAUAUAUAUGUAUAUACAGUAUAGGUGUAAUAUGAUCAAACUCUCUUGUUCUUGUCAAAUGUCUAGCAAGAAAUUUUGUGUUUUGUCCCGCUUAAAAUCCCCUAUCGUGCCGCGAAAACACCGUUCAAACGUCAAUGUUGUUAGUGCACAAAUACACAGUCCACUGCUAAAUGUCCAUGUGUGUGUACAUUUCUGUGACAAGUGUGCUCCAAACACAUUUCUUUACACACACGCCAUUUUGUGCCUUAUGUUGCUCAAAAAACCUUCUUGUCCUGUCAAAAUGUGGCUGAAACGCCUGUUUAAGAUACACAUUCCCCUACCAAAUUUCUAUAUUUACAACAAGGGUGCUCCAAACGCAAUUCUUGACACACAAGUUCAGUGACAAAAAGCCAACCCCCUUCAUGCAUAUUUGGAGCAUUACUUCCACACAAAUGCACAUUUCCACCCAUAGAGAAGACGGCAGAAGGGGCGGGAAAUGUGUGUCAUGGCCACCCUGCCCUCAUUUUACACUACUCCCUCAUGGUGGUACAAUUGCCUUACUGUCACUGUCCAACACGCGCCCACACAAUGUCUGCAUUUAACUCUCUUUGUCAUCUUGCAAAUGCAUUUUGUCGCCCCGCAGCCCGCCCUGUCACUGGAAGCGUAGGAUGUUUACAUGACUGGAUCCAUGCAACCUGACACAAAACUGUGUCAUGGACGAUGAGGACGAUUGUCAUCUUCUGGAUAUUUUAGGAGAUGUGGAUGCAUUGAAUGACUAUCUCCAUGGCAACAACAGCAAGUCCAUCGAAGAGGACGACGUAGCCAACGCGGCGUACGGCUCGGACGCGUCUUUCUUCGCCGGGGACACUGCCAGCGCCAACGAGCGACUCAAAGAUGGCACCUCUCCAAUGGCGGAUUUUGGCGGCGAUUCUGCCAGGGACGGCCUCCAGCUCUCCAGCAGCCUCUCAUUCAUCGAGGACCAACUGGGGACCGGGAGCUCGCCGGGAGGCGGCGUGGAUCUCGGCGGCGGCGAAGACCAGCCUUUCGACAUCCUGCAGAAAUCCCUCCUGGAGGCCGACAUCACGGAGCAAACGCUGGCACAGGAGGCCCUGCUCGACUCCCAGCCCGCCCCCACCCUCGUGCAGGCUCCCGUGUCCUUCCCGUCCCAGUUGGCCUCUGGGGGUUACGGAGGCGGCGGCGUCACCACGGCGACGGCGGCGGCGGCACUGCCGUCCGGACAGGUCCUGCGAGGCGUGCCACCGCUGUCCAACGGCUCUGCCCAGCACAUCCAGGUGUUGGGGUCGUUCGGCGCGGGAGGCGGAGUCAUGACUUUGAGUAGUUUGGAAAGAACUCCGCAGAUUGUGCUGAGGCCGGCGGGGGCUGUAGCUCCGGCGGCGUCUACUCCAGGAGGACAGGUGUUUGCCCCCACCCAAGGGCAGCUAGGUCAAGUGGGUUUGCCUUUUAAGAACAUCCCCCUCCAAAACGUCAUCAUCCAGAGAGGUCCUGGAGGGACCCAGACUCUUGUGAGACCAAUUCAGCCUAAACCCCAUCAAGCCGGGGCUCAGACCGUCUACAGCCUACAGCCCGCAGCCUCCACCUUUGCUAACGUGGCUAACGCCGCAACUCCCGGGGCGCAGUACACCGCCAACGGCUCCAUCGUAGUGCAGCCGCCAUUAGACCAGCAGCACGCGCCAGCCAACUUGCAACCGGGACAAUUCUUGUUGCCCGCUUCUCUGGCGCUCACUCAGCCCGGCGCCGUCCACAACGGCCCCGCCGACCCCGGCGCCAGUACACUGAUCACCGCUCAGAAGACCGUGCAGAUUGUGGCCGGUCAGAACUUCACCGCGCAAGCGGGCGGGCCGCUCCUGUUAAACCAGGGCGGAGGGGGCGUGACGCAAACAUGGACGAGCACUGCGCACACGGCGUGCUCUACCGGCCGGCUGGCGCUGGUCAACCCGGCGAGUCACGGCCAGGUUUCUGCCUGCCCGGUGCAGCGCUUACUAGUGACACAAACUCAGAACUGUACGUCAUUGUCCCCUUUACCUAACACGGUGACACAUGAACAGAAUUCUUCAUUGUCUGCCGUCAAACAAGUGCAGCUUAGCAGCGUUCAUGCGAUGCAAACACCUGAUUUAUGCAUCAAUACUCAGGUCAGUGCUCAGAAGAGGCCCGCCCCCAUGCCGCUUACCAAGGGAGGAAUGAUUCUACAGCAGCUAAGGGAAGACCACGACAGAGUCCACACCCCCGACCGCCAACACUUCACAUCCUUCAGCGACGUGCUUCAAAGGCUCCUCCCCUUCCACGUGUUCCAGGGAGCGCCACCCACCCAGGAGGAGUUCUCGCAGGUGGAUGAUGAAUUUGAGUCGGUAGCGACGCAGGUGCUCAUGAGGACGCAGUCCAUGAUAAACAAAUACAGGCGGCUACUUCUGGCAGAGUCUGAGCAACACUGCAGUCCGUCGUCAGAGAUGGUGAUGAUUGACAGGACCUUCAACCAGGAGGAGCGCGGCAACCUGACCCAAGACAAGCGCAUGGUGCUGGUGGAUCCAGACAGUUUCUUGGACGACUUCUGCUGUGGGCUGAAAUCCAAACGUUUCCAAGAUCCCGUCCCCUCGCCGCCACCCGUCUGCGAAAGGAAUCAGCUGGACAGAGACAUGGCGGAGUCGCCAUACAGGACAGACUUCCAGCCUGGGUUUGGAGACCCAGGAGGAGGCGCCGAGCCAACAGUUGAUAGACCUCAAACCUCGCCUUCGGAGAAUAAUAGCGUCUCAGAACUGAAGAGAGCCCAGCAGCGCUUUGACCCCGCCCCCACCUGCCACCCGCAAGGUAACCACUCAACUUUUGCAGCACCAGACGGGCAGACAGUCGACCAGGUAGCCAAACUGGCCUCGCCCCGACACUUGGACACGGACUCCGCUCUCGAGGCGGCGGUCAACAGCAUCUUGGAAUGUUAACUCGACGCCAAGUCCAACCUGGAAGAUGAUGUCAUGUUGUGUGUGUGUGAAGUCUGCUCUUUAUGUAGCACUCAUUUUUGUUUUUUUUAAAGGGUUCAUGAAGCAUGACGAAUACUCUUAAGGCGCGAGUGAGAGACGGGCACUUACAAUGGCCGAUCAAGGUGCGGGAAUGUGUGCAAUUUAAAGGACCCACGGUCGGAAAUAUUCUUUUUUUUUUUUUGUGUUCCUUUUUUACGUGGCAACACAAUGACUGUGCCAGUUUGCUAGCAACUCUGUGCCUCCUAUUUAUCUGCAUUUUUAUUUGACAUGACGUGUUUACAUGAAGAACGCCCGCCGAGGAACACGGUGGAACCUCCAAAAGGCCUGCAAAUUUUAACACUAACUCCAGCAAUAGCCAUGACACACCACUAAGUGGCAGCAUCGCCUCUUAUUAUUUCUACCUGUCUGCCGCGUAUGAAAGCCUGUUUCAGCCACUAAAAAAAUAUACAAUAAAAAAUGUAGCAGUAAAAAAAAAAAGUUGUAAUUACGAGAUAGAAAGCAAAGACGACAUUGUGAGCAUAAAAGUCAUAUUUAUAAGAUAGGUAAAUUGAAAUUAUGAGGUAAAAAGUAAUAAUUAUGAGAGAGAAUUGAAAUGAAUAGAUCAAGUGAAAUGACGACAUAAAAAGUUUUAAUUGUGAGCUAAAAAGUUGAAAUGAUGAGAUCAUUUUGACUGUUUAUCUCAUAAUUUUGACUUAAAUAAUUACAACCUUUUUAAUCUCACAAUUAGAACUCUUUAUCUCAGGAUUUCAAUUUUGUAUCUCAUAAUUUUGACUUUAAUCUAAUAAGACUUUUCAUCUCACAAAACUCUCAAACUUUAGUUUCUCAUUAUUUUGACUUUAAUAAUUACAAUUUUUUAAUCUCAGAAUUUCAUCUCUAUCUCAUCAUUUCAAUUUUGUAUCUCAUAAUUUUGACUUUAAUAAGACUUUUUAUCUCAAUCUCAUAAUUUAAAUAGUUUAUCUCAUAAAUUUGACUUUAAUCUAAUAAACGACUUUUUAUCUCAGAAUUACAACUAUCUCAUGAGGUCAAAAUUAUGAUAUAAAAAGUUGAAAGUAAGAGAGGAGAGUUGUAAUUGUGGGAUAAAAAGUCGUAAUUAUCUGAUAAUUUAAUUAUUCCAUCCAUCCAUUUUCUACCGCUUAUUCCCUUUGGGGUCGCGGGAAGCGCUGGUGCCUAUCUCAGCUACAAACGGGCGGAAGGCGGGGUACACCCUGGACAAGUCGCAACUCAUCGCUGGGACACAGAUAGACAUUUUAUCUCAAAAAAUUUUGACUCUAAUAAUUAUGACUUUUUACCUCACAAUUUUAACUCUAUUUCCAUCCAUUUCCUACCGCUUAUUCCAUUUUUGGGGGCGCUGGUGCCUUUCUCAGCUACAAACGGGCGGAAGGCGGGGUACACCUUGGACAAGUCGCCAUCUCAUCACAGCAACUUUAUCUCAUAAAGUCAAAAUUAUGGGAUACAAAGGGUUGUAAUUGUGAGAUGCAAAGUCAUACAAUUAUUAGAUUAAAGUCAAAAUCAUGAGAUAAAGAGUUGUAAUGAUGCGAUAAAAAGGUUGUAAUCAUCUCAUAAUUUCAUUAUUUUUAUCUCAUAAUUUUGACCAUGACUUUUUUUCUCACAAUUUCAACUCUAACUCAAAAAGUCAAAAUUAUGAGAUACAAAGUUGUUAUUACAAAAGGGUGUAAUUGUGAGAUAUGUCAUAAUUGUUAGAUUAAAAUCAAAAUUUUGAGAUAGAGUUGUAAUUGUGAGAUAAAAGUCAGAAUUAUUAGAUAGUUGAAAUGAGAUAGAUAGUUGAAAAAAUUAGAGUGUAGUUUGUACCAAAAAAUUCAACUAUCGCAUUUUAAAAUUAUGAUUAAUAUCUCAUAAUUAGGCUCUCAUAAAAUCAUAAUUAUGUCAUUAAAAACUCAUAAUUUUGAGAUAGAUAGAUAGUACUUUAUUGAUUCCUUCAGGAGAGUUCCUUCCGGAAAAUUAAAAUUCCAGCAGCAGAUGAAAUAGUCCUAAUUAGGAAAAAAAAUCAUAAUUAUGAGAUAAAAAGUCGAAUUUAUGAGAUAGUCACAAUAAUGAGAGUGCAAAUUGUAUCUCAUAAUUUCAACUAUCUCAUUACUACUCUUCAUUUCAUAAUUAUAACUUAAUUUCCUAAUGACUUCCUUAUCUCAUCAUUUUGACUCCAUGUUGUAUUUAUGACUUUUGUAUCUCAUAAUUAGGCAACGACUUACCAUUGGGGUAUUUUUGAUUUGAUUAUAGUGUCAUAAACCAUGGAUAGCCAGGCGCCUUCAAAGGAUGAGUAGAUUCCCCAUAAUAAGGCAAGUGUUCCACUUUGGAGGUUCCACUGUACACGUGUGUUUCCUUCUACCUGCGACACUCUCACCUGGCUCCUUUUCAGAUGACCAGUUGCACUAAAUUUCUUGUGUUCAGGUACCACUCGUCUUGGAAGGAAUGUGAACCUCUCACAAACCAAAAUGGAGAUUUUUUUUUUUUCUUCCCUCGCUGAUUGCAUUGAAGCGUCAUUAAUACAACUCGCCACAAGUUGUAGUUUAGUCGCCUUUUUCUGCAAAGUUGUCUUGCGCUUAAGUCACACUCUUUGGCUUUUUCUUUUUGUACCUUAAAGGUAUGCAAGCCCCUACACACACACACACACACAUACACACACACACACACAUGCCACCUCGAUCAGGGGUGUCCAAACUUUUUCCCAACUUCAGAUCCAUUUGUUGCCAUAAAGUUUUUUUGUAAAAAUGUUUGUUUAUGCCUAAGUAAACCUUGUUUUUUAGGUCAAAAACACAAAAUAUACAAUAUUUUCCCCAAAACAUUUUUCAAAAUGCAUAUUUGAUGUGAAAAAAUUAGAGCCUUAAAUAUGUAAAUAAUUAAUUAUGAUAUGGCUUUUUAUUCAUUAUUAUUUUUAGAAACAAUGACAGUUAAAACAAUAUCACACUAAAAGUCCCCUGUCAGUCAGUGUUUCAAAUAAAUCAUAUUUUAUUUAUUUGUACUUUUAAAGCCUGUAUAUCUGCAGAUAAACUUCAGAUAUUUUUGUUGCCGUAGUUUUUUGUAAAAAAAGUUUGUUGAUGCCUAAGAAAAAAAACCUAAAAUAUACAAUAUUUUCCCUAAAAAAAAUUUAAAAAUAAAAUAUUUGAUGUGAAGUAAUUAAAGCCUUAAAUAUGUAAAUAAUUCAUAAAAAUACUGCUAAUUUUUUUUUUAACAAAGACAGUUAAAAAAAUCAUUACACUAAAAGUCCCUUGGCAGUCAAAGUGUUUCAAAUAAGUCUUUUUUUUUUUGUUUUUACUUUUAAAACCUGAAUAUCUGCAGAUUAACUUCAGAUCUAUUUGUUGCCAUACAGUUUUUCGUAUAAAUGUGUCUUAUUUACUAAGAAAACCUUGGUCAGAAACACAAAAUAUACAAUAUUUUACCCCCCAAAUCUUUCAAAAUGCAGUAUUUGAUGUGAAAUAAUUAGAGCCUUAAAUAAGUAAAUAGUUCAUAAAAAUAUUGCUUAUUUUUUUAACAAUGAAAAAAAACUCAUCACACUAAAAGUCCCUUGGCAGUAAAUAAAGUGUUUAAAAAGUCACUUUUUUUUUUUUUUUACUUUUUAAAACCUGAAUAUUUGCAGAUCAACUUCAGAUCUAUUUGUUGUUUUUUGUAAAAAUGUUUGUUAAUGCCUAAAUAAACCUAGUUUUUUAGGUCAAAAACCUAAAAUAUACAAUAUUUUCCCCCCAAUUUUUUUAGAAUGCAAUAUUUGAUGUGAAAUAAUUAGAGCCUCAAAUAUGUAAAUAAUUCAUAAAAAAUAAUGCUUAUUUGUUUUUAACAAUGACUUAAAAAAUAUCACACUAAAAGUCCUGGGGAUUCAAAAUCUCUACAAAAAUGUUAACUAAAAGUAAUAUCUCUAUAUAUUUUAUUUAAUCACAACACUUAAAUAUCCAGAUAAGCUUCAACUCUAUCCAGCAAUUAAAAAAAACAAAUAUAUAUAUAUAUAUAUAAGAAUUUUUUUUUUAGGUCAAAAAACAUAAAAUAUACAAUAUUUUUCCUCAAUUUUUUUUCAGAAUAAAAUAUUUGAUGUGAAGUAAUUAGAGCCUUAAAUAUGUAAAUAAUUCAUUAAAAUAUUGCAAUUUUUUUUGACAAAGACAGUUAAAUAAAUCAUUACACUAAAAGUCCCUUGGCAGUCAAAGUGUUUCAAAUAAGUCUUUUUUUUUUUUUUUUACUUUUAUAACCUGAAUAUGUGCAGAUCAACUUCAGAUCUAUUUGUUGCCAUACAGUUUUUUGUAUAAAUGUGUCUUAUUUCCUAAGAAAACCUUGGUCAGAAACACAAAAUAUGCAAUAUUUUACCCCCCAAAUCUUUCAAAAUGCAGUAUUUGAUGUGAAAUAAUUAGAGCCUUAAAUAAGUAAAUAGUUCAUAAAAAUAUUGCUUAUUUUUUUAACAAUGAAAAAAAUCUCAUCACACUAAAAGUCCCUUGGCAAAAAUAAAGUGUUUAAAAAGUCACUUUUUUUUUUUUUACUUUUUAAAACCUGAAUAUUUGCAGAUCAACUUCAGAUCUAUUUGUUGUUUUUUGUAAAAAUGUUUGUUAAUGCCUAAAUAAACCUUGUUUUUUAGGUCAAAACCUAAAAUAUACAAUAUUUUCCCCCCGAUUUUUUUUGGAAUGCAAUAUUUGAUGUGAAAUAAUUUAAACCUCAAUUCAUAAAAAUAAUGCUUAUUUGUUUUUAACAAUGACAGUUAAAAAAAUAUCACACUAAAAGUCCUGGGGAUUCAAAAUCUCUACAAAAAUGUUAUCUAAAAGUAAUACCUCUAUAUAUUUUAUUUAUUCACAACGCUUAAAUAUCCAGAUUAGCUUCAGAUCUAUACAGCAAUUAAAAAAAUAAAAAAUGAUAUAUAUAUAUAUAUAUAUAUUGCUUUUGAUUCAUUAUUUUUUGAAAAAUGACAGUUAAAAACACUAAAAGUCCGAGGGAUCCCCACUAAUAAAUGUUGACAAAAAGUAAUAUCUCAAUAUAUAUUUUAUUUACUUACAACGCUUAAGCUUCAGAUCUAUCAGUCCAUUAAAAAAAUACUUUUUGAAAACUGCCUGCAUGACAGCUUUGUGUUGUCAGUGUCAACAUUGUAACAUGUCACCUGUUUGCUCUUUAAUGACCUUUUUUCUUCUGGGUUAUUUUGUAGUAGUUAUUUUUAAAAAGUGGUUCACUUUGGACACCCCUGACUUGGCACAUUUCAGCGUGUUUGUGUUAGGGGAGCUUAAUCCUCAGAUUGAGGAAGACAAGUUACUGUAUGUUAUUUUUGUCAAAUCGGCAUUUUUUUUUAUUUGUGAAUGUUUUUGUUUAAAUAAGAAGAAAAAAAAAAAAAAAAGGAUGCUGGAGCCUCGAUUGAUUGUACAAUUCUGUCUGCCUUCUUGCAUGUCCUGUAUUCCUGAUCUAUGCAGUCUCGUCUCUGGACUGCCUUCCAGUCGCCCGGUCUUUUGACCCACUGACUUUUUUUUCUUCUUCUCAGCAGCUCAACCAAAACAAAACAAGUGUGAAGUCACAACACUUCACACUGCUGUUGUGAUCCCACUUUUUAAGAGCCAAGACAUAUCAAAUCAUGUAUAAAUCAUGAAGAACUGA